AAUAUUCUUAUGUUCACAAAAAAAAUUAAAAAAUGUAAAAAAAGCCUAUAAAAUUGUACCCUCAAUCCAAACUCCUCCGACCAAUACAUUUCACCGUCAUCUGGAACCUAUAAGUACCCUCAGCCUUGAAUCACAGAUUCUAAAAAUCACAGAAUCAAAAGCCCUAACACUUAAAAUCUCCUAUAAAUAUUCCAUUCGGCCAUUUCUAUUUCGUCAAAGUCACCAUAAAAUCAUGGAUGAUCUUGACAAAGCCAUUCUCAUCAACUUCGAUGAAUCAGGAACCAUAGAUGACAGUUUAAAAAAGCAAGCUAAAACCUUUUGUGAACAAAUAAAGGCGAAGCCAUCGAUUUGCAGCAUGUGCAUUGAGAAACUCUGCUUCUCAAACCUAAUCCAGGUUCAGUUUUGGUGCUUGCAGACUCUGCACGAGGCCAUUGUGUCUCGCUACUCUUCAAUGAACCCUCAAGAGAAGCAAUUGAUCAGGCAUUCAGUGUUUUCCAUAGUGUGCCUCGAAGGUGUUGGCGCCAAUAACAGCGCGACUAGGGUUUUGGAAGGACCCCCUUUUGUAAAGAACAAGCUUGCACAGGUUCUUGUUACUUUGAUUUACUUUGAGUACCCUUUGAUUUGGUCGUCCGUGUUUCUUGAUUUCUUCCCGCACUUAAAUAAAGGGAAGAUGGUUAUAGAUAUGUUCUGUAGGGUUUUGAAUGCGCUUGAUGAUGAACUGAUUAGUUUAGAUUACCCGCGAACGCCGGAGGAUAUAUCUGUUGCCACACGGGUAAAGGAUGCAAUGAGGGAGCAGUGUGUAGGUCAGAUAGUUAGAGCGUGGUAUGAGAUUGUUUCCAUGUAUAGGAACGUUGAUGAAGAGGUUUGUGUUGGGGUGUUGGAAUCCAUGAGGAGGUUUAUUUCUUGGAUUGAUAUUGGAUUGGUUGUGAAUGAUGCUUUUGGUGCUUUGUUGUUUGAUUUGGUUUUGGCUGCUGGAGUGGGCGACAGGCUUCGGAGUGCGGCCAUUAAGUGCUUGACGGCAGUUGUUUCCAAGAGGAUUGAACCGCGGUCAAAGCUGGCAUUGUUGCAGAGCCUUCAAAUCAGUCGCCUGUUUAGGCUCGUGGUUGACGAUGCCAAUGCUGAAUUAGUCUCUGAUAUUGCUGUCUUGCUUACAGGAUAUGCCACAGAGUUGUUGGAUUGCUUUAAACGAAUAGAUUCUGAGGCUAGAGGAAUCUCCAUGGAGCUUUUGGAUGAAGUUUUGCCCUCUGUUUUCCAUUUAAUGAAGGACAGUGAGUUGGAUGCCACGUUCAAUGUUGUACAGUUUCUUUCAAGUUAUGUUGCUACUAUGAAAAGCAUUACACCUUUGGGGGAGAAGCAACUGCUUCAUGUUGGAAAAAUAUUAGAACUCAUCUCUGUGUUGAUUCGUUAUGAUCCGGAAUACCGUUCUAAUAUUGACAUGUUGGACAAAAUUGGGAAAGAGGAGGAAGAUAGAAUGGUUGAUUUUAGGAAGGACUUGUUUGUUCUACUUCGUAGUGUUGGCCGUGUAGCACCAGGUGUGACCCAUUUGUUCAUCAGAAAUUUGUUGGCAAAUGUCAUUUCAACUUCAUCCAACAGUAGUAAUGUUGAGGAGGUGGAAGCUGCACUUUCUCUUUUAUAUGCACUUGGGGAAUCACUAACUGAUGAGGCCAUUCGGGAUGGUCAAGGAUUGCUGAGUGAGGUGGUGCCAAUGCUGCUAUCCACAAAGUUUUCUUGCCACCCUAAUAGACUAGUUGCUCUGAUGUAUUUGGAGACAGUAACAAGAUAUGUUAAGUUUAUCCAAGAUAAUACGCAGUAUAUUCCUAUGGUUCUUGCUGCAUUUCUCGAUGAUAGAGGUAUACAUCAUCCAAAUAUUAAUGUAAGCCGUAGGGCCAGUUAUCUGUUUCUGAGGUUUGUAAAAUUGCUGAGGGUGAAGCUUGUCCCCUUCAUAGAGACAAUUUUGCAGAGCCUGCAAGAUGCAGUUGCCCAAUUCACAAGCAUGAAUUACACAACCGAGCUAUCAAGAUCUGAAGAUGGUAGCCAUAUUUUUGAGGCAAUUGGCUUAUUGAUUGGAAUGGAAGAUGUUCCACCAGAGAAGCAAUGUGAUUAUCUGUCUUCUUUGCUCAUUCCUCUUUGUCAACAGGUUGAAGUAUUGCUCGUUAACGAUAAGACUAAUGUGGAGGCUAAUGUCAAAGUUGCUGCCAUCCAGCAUAUCAUCAUGGCUAUUAAUUCUCUAAGCAAGGGUUUCAAUGAGCGUCUUGCAACCUCCAGUCGCCCUACAAUUGGUCUCAUGUUUAAGCAGACAUUGGAUGUGCUUCUCCAAGUUCUUGUUGUAUUUCCAAAAGUAGGAUCACUGCGAAGCAAGGUGAUAUCCUUUAUACACCGGAUGGUAGAUACACUAGGUUCAUCUGUCUUUCCAUACCUACCAAAGGCAUUGGGACAGUUGCUUGCAGAAAGUGAGCCAAAGGAGAUGGUUGGGUUUCUUUUGUUACUGAAUCAACUUAUGUGCAAGUUCAAUACGUCGGUGCAUGACAUUUUGGAAGAAUCAUUUCCAGCUGUUGCUGGUAGAGUGCUCAGUGUUAUUGCAGGAGAUGCAUUACUUUUAGGCCCUGGUGCUGUAACUGCAAUAACCGAGGAAGUUCGUGAGUUGCAAGAACUUCAGCAAACAUUCCUUUCGUUUCUUCAUGUUGUUGCUACACACAAUCUUUCUUCUGUUUUUCUUUCCCCCCAAAAUAGAGAAUACCUGGAUCAAAUAAUGCAGUUGCUUUUGUACUCUUCCUGUAAUCAUAAGGAUAUUCUUGUUAGAAAGGCUUGUGUACAGAUUUUUAUUAGAUUGAUCAAAGAUUGGUGUGGCCAGCCAUAUGAAGAAAAGGUACCUGGAUUUCGGAAUUUCAUGAUUCAGACAUUUGCAAUAAAUUGCUGCUUGUACAGUGUGCUAGACAGAUCCUUUGAGUUUCAUGAUGCCAACACUCAUAUUUUGUUUGGAGAAAUUGUCUUGGCUCAAAAGGUUAUGUUUGAUAAAUUUGGGAACGAAUUUUUAGUUUAUUUUGUCUCAAAAGGAUUCUCCUCUGCACAUUGUCCUCCACACUUGGCAGAGCAGUAUGGCCAAAAGUUGCAGGAAGCUGAUAUUAAGGAACUCAAAUCAUUCUACAAGUCUCUAAUAGAAAAUUUGAGAAUACAGCAAAAUGGAAGCCUUGUUUUUAGAUAGCAUCUUAUGCAUUGAAAAAUUUUGCUAGUUUUCGGCAUCCCACUGGGUUUCUUUUCUGGCGAUUUCCUGUACUGGGCUAUCCAUCUACAAAAGGGUUGGUGUAUAUAGCUUUUGUGUGCCCAUUUUGUAGAUGAAGAAAUCUUCUGUGAUCAAAUUUUGACCAGCUUCUCAGCAUUUUACCACCAUGUCAAGUGGUUUUGAAUCUCUGAUAUAUAUAUAUAUAUAUAUCCUCUGCUCUGUAGUUAAUUAUUUUUAGGAAAAUUAUAGUUAAAUAAUUUUUCGAUGAAGCUGCUCGAUGUGAUACCAAAAAUUGCGCGGGUUUCUUUUAUGCAUGUCUUUUUUUUUUUUGUCAUAAAUGUUUUCUUUUCUUUUGGAAACGUAGUUUUGUUUUUCAAUUCAAUCUUCAUUCAUUUCAUUUUCUUUAAAUCUUUAUUCGUUUGUGUACUCUUAUGAAAUUAAGAUAUUAAUUUUGUAUGAUUAAACUAAUCUUUUGGAUUUUAAUAGAAAAACAAAUCUGUUGAGGCAUUGUA